GUGAGUGACUGACUAAACCCCCCCCACUGAACGCGAUUCGCAAUGUUAUGAAAAUACUACAACUAAUAUCGGCAAUCGCAACAGAGCGCUUUUAGAUAGUCUUCUUUCUGUCUGUCGGUCGGUUGGUUGGUCUCCCGAAAAUAAAAAAACAAGAAAAACCAACAAACCGCCACAGCUCGUCAGUUAGUAAGCGCGAGAGAGUCGUAUUGAACGGCUGCCAGCUGUUCAUCUGGAAACUCGUAAACUGAAUGUGACCAAACCGGGCACCAUCAUACGUGUUGUUGUUGGUGUUUGUUGUAGUGAACGAAAGAAACGAAACACAAAUAAACAUUAAAUAAAAAUAGUAAUUAAUUAAUAAUAACUAUAAAACGAAACACAAGUAACGCAAAGGCUUUGCAGAAAGCGAAAAAAAAACGGAAAAACGCCAAAACAAAAAUAAAUUGUUAAUUAAGAAAUUCUAAAGAAACAACCACAACCGACAGCCAUGAAUUUACUCCUAGAAUUAAAUUUCAAACAGAAAAAUGCCACUCGGUUUUUCACAGCUCUUGGAGGUUUCCUGGUGUUCCUGCUAAUCAAGGACAAUGCCAAAUUAAGUUUGGGCUUAGGCGCAAUACUGGCGCUGAUGUUAAGGAAUCCAACAUUUGUCUAUGCUUUAGUGAAUACAGUACCACGGGAUACAGUGGCUGGCUAUCGUUUUGCAAAAAUGAACAUUUUCAUAUUGUUAAUGGAAUGGAAGAAAUGGUCAAUAGCCAGAAUAUUCCAGGAGAACUGUCGAAAACAUCCGGAGAAGGCUUGUUUCCUUAUCAAUGAUCGCCGCAUGACGUUCCAGGAUGUUGAGGAUUACAGCAAUCAAAUUGGCGGUUAUUUUAAGGACAAGGGAUUGCGAAAGGGUGACUGUGUCGCCCUGUUGAUGGAGGGACGGCCCGAAUACCCGGCCAUAUGGUUGGGUUUGUCAAAAAUUGGUGUGGUCACUGCCUUAAUAAAUUCCAAUUUGAGAAGAGAUACGCUGAUACAUUCCCUAAAAGUAGCCGAGGCCAAGGCAAUCAUUGUCGGGACCGAGUUGGUGGAAGUUUUGCAGGAAGUCAUUGAUAGCGAAGGUCUUCGCACGCUGCCCAUAUAUCAGUUUAGUGAUGAGGAACAGAGGACCAAUGAUAAUUUGGUCUUGAUGAAAGGUGCUGUCGAUCUGACGGGAGAUUUAAAAUAUCAGAAACCUGAAAAUCUUUGCAUUUACAUCAAUGAAUGUAGUCCAAAGGAUAAACUCUUGUACAUUUAUACAUCGGGAACGACAGGUCUGCCCAAAGCCGCUGUUAUAACAAACCAAAGAUAUCUCUUCAUGAGCACGGCAACCUAUCACAUGGUUGCCAUCACACCAAAUGACAUUAUCUACGAUGCCUUGCCACUUUACCACACUGCUGGCGGUGUGGUCGGGGUGGGUAUGGCUCUCAUCCACGGCAGUACCAUAGCUUUGCGUAAGAAAUUUUCCGUAUCUCAAUUUUGGAAGGAUUGUAUCAAAUAUAAGGCCACAUGUGCCCAGUAUAUUGGAGAAUUGUGUAGAUACCUGUUGACGGCACCAUCGAAGCCAGAGGACACGCAACACAAUUUGCGUCUUAUGUAUGGCAAUGGUUUGAGGGAACAAAUAUGGUCGCAGUUCACCACACGCUUUAAUAUACCAAAUAUUGCGGAACUCUAUGGUUCCACAGAGGGAAAUUCGAAUUUGGCAAAUGUUAGCAAUCAGGUGGGAGCAGUGGGUUUCAUCCCCAUGCCAAUUCGCCAUUUAACUCACCUCCAAGUCAUACGCGUAGACGAAGAAACGGGAGAGCCCAUACGCAAUGCCAAAGGUUUCUGUAUACGUUGUAAUCCAGGAGAAACUGGUCUUCUAAUUGGUAGAAUUGAUGCCCGCAAUGCCCUUACCACCUAUAACGGCUAUGCCGAUCGGGGAGCAUCGGAAAAGAAACUGCUACACAAUGUUUUCCGCAAGGGAGAUGUCUUCUUCAAUUCUGGUGAUAUGUUGGUUGGUGAUCUACUGAAUUAUUACUAUUUCAAAGAUCGCACGGGUGAUACAUUCCGUUGGCGUGGUGAAAAUGUCUCAACGCAGGAGGUUGAGGGUAUUAUAACAAGUGUGAUAGGUCUACAAGACUGUGUGGUGUAUGGGGUGGAGAUACCCCAUGUGGAAGGUAAGGCCGGCAUGGCGGCCAUUGAAGAUCCAGAUCGUAAAAUCGAUUUCCAACAUUUAUCCGUGGGCAUACGGGCCAGCUUGCCCACCUAUGCCCGGCCAUUAUUUGUUCGUGUCAUGGAUCAAAUACCUCGCACCUCCACCUUUAAAAUGAAGAAACGUGACCUCAUGUUGGAAGGAUUCAAUAUAGAGAAAUUCAAGGACCCGCUCUACUACCUCAAUAGCGAUGGUAUCUAUCGCCCAAUAACACAGCAACAAUUUGAAGCUUUAAAAACUGGCACAGCCGGAUUAUGAGAUGAUAACCAAGACUACUUUACGUGGUGUUUUUGUACAUUCAAACCUUAUCCUUCACUUCAUAGACAUUUGCCAUUAAGUAGGAACAAACAAAAUGUGUUAACGUGAAUUAAUUUUGUAGAACAAAGUACUAUUUUGUACCAUUUUGUGUAUAUUGUUAUUAGCCAUAGCAGAGUGAUUUAAAAGUUUUGGCGUUGCCAUAUGUUUUGUUAUGUUUUCAAAGAUUUUCAUUUUUGUUAUUUAUACAUUAAAAGUUAAUUAUAGUUGCACCAAAAAAAGACAAUAAAUUAUAUACUAUUUUAAAAU